GCUGGCCAAGAAGAAGUAGAUUGGUAUUGGGUGAAAAAUCGCCAAGUUGUCCCGUAUGGUGGAUCAGCAACUGAUGGAUGCAGUACUUGGCAAGCUCUUGAAAAGGGACGUGGCCGGAUGGACCAUCUUGAUCAGAAUGGUGCAUUCGCAUGCACUUGUGGUCACGGUCUUCCUUUGGCCAUGAUCGACAUAACAACAGCCGGUGAACAGUUCACCUAUGUUCUCAGCUGUUUAAAAAAAGUAUCUGAGAUGCCAUUGUAUGGAUCAGACAUCCGCAUCAUGUACGAUGUUGGCUGUAAAAUUCGCAAGGCCCUGCAGGAAACGGAAUGCUUGGACAGUAUAAAGGAUGUACCUAUUGCGGUCGGCAUUUUCCAUAUCACUGGUCAUUCGCCAGAAUGCCAGAUCCACUUUCAUCCUCGCCUCAAAGAGGGGUGGGGAAUACAGGAUGGGGAGCAUCUCGAGCGGCUUUGGUCCUUCCUCAACGGAUUUGUGGCCAUGACACGUAACAUGUCGUCUCUCAACAGACGGCUUACUCUGACUAUUGCUCUUGACUUCUUUACCGAGCAGCGAAUAGACAACCUUGGUACCGAGUCUCUCAUGAUCAUUUUUAAAAACUGCGUUGCUCUUUGCUAA